AUGCGCUUGUGGGGACGCCGCUCGCUGGAGGCAGCCAGCCGGGCGGCGGAGCCCCUGCCCAUGCGGUGUGCGCUUGCCAAGCAGGCUAUGCUUGAGGCGAUCAGCCUGAGCCAGCCGCAGCCCAAGGUGCCGCCAGAGCUGCUGCGGUUCCUGGGGAAGACGUUCUGCGUGUGGCAGCACGCGGUGCCGCUGCUCGAGAGCCACACGGUCAUCUUCCCCGAUGAGACGCGCUGCUUCGACAGCCUCGCGGAGAUGUACCGCCUGCUCCACGAGGAGGACGCGUUCUACGGCGCCUGGCGCAAGCGCUGCGAGGAGCCCAAGACGCGCGCAGCGCUGUCCCUCGCGCAGCACGGCCAGUGGGCCGGGUCGCAGAACCUGCUGGGGGAGCUCAACCAGGCCGUCUCCAGCGGCGCGGCGCUGCCGUCGCGCGGGGAGGGCGCGCUGUGGGUGGACCAGUGGGUCAACGCGGCCAAGCAGCUCAACCAGUGGGACGCGCUGCAGGAGUACGCCCUGGCUGCGGACAACAACGCGCUGCUGGCGGACUGCUACUGGCGGCUCAGCGAGUGGGACAGGCUGAGAGACGUGCUGGUGGGUGGCGGCGCCACGCACACCAACAAGCAGAUGACCAUCGAGCCGUCCCCGCAGUCGUGCCUCAUCCGCACCUACGCGGCGCUGCAGGCCCUCGACAUGAACAGCGCCGAGCAGCACAUCAACGCGGGGUUCCAGCACGUGCUGCAUAAGUGGUGGCAGCUGCCGGAGCAGCCCUGGAGCAGCGCCGCGCACUGCGUGCUGCUGCAGCAGAUGCAGCAGCUGGUGGAGCUCAAGGAGAGCGUGCGCCCCGACCACGCGUAUGGUGACGUGAAGGACAUCCUUGAGACGUGGCGGCUGCGGCUGCCCAACGAGUGGGACCCCCUGCUGCACUGGCAGGACGUGCUGGUCUGGCGCAACACAGUGUACAACGUAGUCAUCAGCGCGUUCAACAAGAUCCAGGUGCCCAGCCACAUGCACCAGAUGGGCUACCGGGACAAGGCCUGGUCCGUCAACAGGCUCGGGACCGUCGCCGCAAAGCACGGCUGCCCCGAGCUGUGCAUCAACGUGGUGAACAACAUGUACGGCUACAGCGCCAUGGAGGUGCAGGAGGCGUUCGUCAAGAUACGGGAGCAGGCCAAGGCGUACCUGGCGAUGAAGGACGAGCUGGGGGCCGGCCUCAACAUGCUCAACACCACAAACCUCGACUACUUCGGGGCCCACCACCAGGCGGAGAUAUUCAGGCUCAAGGGCGUGUUCCUGCAGGAGCUGAACGACCCCGAGGCGGCCAACGCCGCGCUGGCCACAUCGCUCAUGCUGUGGCGCACCUGCCCCGAGGCCUGGGUGUCCUGGGGGCAGGCCUGCGACGCGGCCUACGAGAGGCAGCCCGCGGGGCCGCAGGCGGCGCGGUACCUGCAGUAUGCGGCGCACUGCUACCUGCAGGGCGUGCGUCUGGGCAGCGAGGAGGCGCGGGACCUGAUCCCGCGGCUGCUGCUGCUCCUGUCCUUUGACGACGUAGACGGGGUGGUGGGGGCGGAGUUACAGAAGGUGGUGGCGGCGGGCGACGUGCCCAGCUGGGUGUGGUUCACGUGGAUACCCCAGCUGCUGACGUCAUUGUCCCGUCCCGAGGCGCCGCGCGUGAAGCCCAUCCUGAAGGAGCUGGCGCAGCACCACCCCCAGAGCGUGUACUACUGGACACGCGUGCUCAUCAUCAGCAGCAGACAGCAGUGA